AUGCGCGUCCGGCAGCUCCUGCGGAACCUGGAAUGGUUAGAUAAGAACAAAACCAGUUUUCUGAUCAUGUGGAGGAGACCAGAAGAAUGGGGAAAGCUCAUCUAUCAGUGGGUGUCGAAGAACGGCUUGACCAACUCUGUAUUCACGCUGUACGAGUUAGCCAACGGAGAUGAUACAGAGAAUGAAGAGUUCCACGGCUUAGAUGAGGCUAUGCUGCUCCGUGCCCUGCAAGCCUUGCAGCAAGAGCACAAGGCUGAAAUUAUCACGCUGGACGACGGCCGAGGCGUCAAGUUCUUCUGA